CGGCGCACAGGUUUGAACUGCGGAGCGGUUGGAGCUGGUGCUGGCGGGAGGGAACUGGCUCUCUGAUGUUCUUCAGCUGUGGAGGUUGAUCUAUUUUCUUGCCUCUUUGUAAUGAAGGAUUGGAACCCACAUGACAAAUGAGUAAAAUUCUCCAGUCUCAGCUGGGAGUCUGAAAAGAUGCAGCGAAGACAGAGUUCUAAGACCCCAAAGCAGCCUCUGCAAGUUCACCAUAAAAAUCAAACUGAUCUCUCUGCAUGGCGAAAAGGAGGGAGAAUUGACCCUGAAAAAAGUGUCCAGAAUCAUCAAUCUCCUAACUAUCAGAAAAACGACAGCAAACAAGACUCCCUUGAGCAAGCUUUGAGCUACUUUGAGAAAGUUCAAGACCGUGUUUCACUGAAAAAGAACAAUGUUCUGCAGAAGCACUUGACUACUGUGGAAAGCAUUGCCCUGCAAAGAGGGUUACCCCCUGAAGGAUUUGAUGUAUUGCUAAACGUGGCACUCAGUGGCAAACUUGCUGAUACAGUGAAUAUUCGUUUACUGAAGAGCCUGGUUCCAGCCUCAGUAAUACCAGAAACUUCUGUGGUUUCAUCUGUAUCUUGGCUCUGUGUCAGCAAAUGCUCAAGCAACAUCCAGCUGCUUUUUUUAAGAUGGCUGAUCACAGUGUUUGACUUCAUUGAUCACAAGGAACAACUUCAUGCCCUCUAUGGUUUCUUCUUUUCCUUCCUGCAAGAUGAGAAGAUGUGCCCCUAUGUCUGCCACCUGCUGUACUUGCUGACCAGGAAAGAAAAUGUCAAGCCUUUUCGGAUUAGGAGACUGCUUGACCUCCAAGCAAAAAUGGGAAUGCAGUCUCAUCUUCAGGCUCUACUGUCACUUUACAAACUCUUCUGUCCUGAGCUGGUGACCAUAACCCUUCCUGGGAAAAUGAAGACUUACUUCAAGAAUUCAGAGGGCCCAUGGAAAGCAGCAAUCAACACAGUAAGGCGAAGAAACCAGGAUAACCCUCCAGUGUCCCAGCCACUGUUUUUAGGCACAGCUCAACCUCAGUCACGAAAAAGGAAAUGGAAUACCCAGUUGAUUAUACCUGCAAGCAGUACAAACAAAAAUAAUUUAGAAGAGGACAGGGAAAAGAACCAUGUUGAUUUGUACAGUACGAAUGAGUCUUUUCCAGUGGAGCAGCUGCAGACCUUUUCUCAGCUCCUACAAAAUAUCCACCAUCUAGAGUUUCCUUCCCAGAUGGGUUCAGUGCUAACAAACCCUUUAUUGCUUCACUACAUGAAUUGCGUCAAAGAUGAAUCUAUUUACCUGAGGCUCUACUAUUGGAUGGGCCAGACUCUUCAGGAAGAAUGCUCCUGGUGUGUGGCUGAUAAUAACCGAUAUGAAGAAGAAUUCAAGGACUUCCUGGAAACUGUCUACAAGAGCGAGUGUUUCUUGCAGGAGGGAUUUUCUUCCUGUGAAGAGUUCCUGUAUAAAAGCCUUCCUCUCUGGGAUGGCUUCUGCUGCCGAUCACAAAUCCUCAGACUUGUGAGUUGGAUCCCCCUCAGCACCUUCUCUGAAAUGAAGUCACAUCUCUAUGAUCCCCUGGCACAGCUCUUUUUCACAUCGUCCCUUUACUUUAAGUGCAGUGUUCUUGAGAGCCUGAAAGAGCUGUUACAGAACUGGUUGAAUUGGCACGUGAUUCAUCUGGAUUCAGAGUCUGACUCUCAAGUCAAUUCUUUGAAUACCACCCUUUCUGGAGUAGUGAACGUGGUGGCUGAACUGAUCCACUUUGUUGGAUGGAUCUCUACUGUUGCAUUGCGUUUGGAAAACAAUCCUACUUUCUUGCUGUACUUCAUCUUGGAUUUCUAUGAGACGGUGUGUGACAUGUAUCUGAGGUACAAUCUGCCUUUGUUGAUAAUGCCUCCUGCUGGAGUUUUCUACCCAGCGCUUCUCAGCAUGGAUUCUGUCAGCUUGAAUCAGCUCUGCUACAUUAUGUACAGGUAUCGAACCAACUUGGUGGCUGCAAAAGAAAAUGAGCUGAGUAAAAAGAAAAUACUGCAAUUCAAGUUCAGUAGCCAGACGUACCAAGAGUACAACCAGUACAUAAUAGCUAUGGUGGGCUGUCUGUGGACAUCCAGUGCAUUCCAGAAGGAUAUUCAUCCUCAAGGUCUUCGUAUGGAUGAUGAACUGCUGAAGAAAACCACAGUGCAGGAAUUCAAAACCAGCUUUAACAUUGUCUACCACCCAGCCAUGAUGGGCUAUGCUCUCCUUUUCCUCCAGCAGGCUUGGCCAGAUGAUACCACCUUCAACUUCAGUUUAAUUAAGGGAAAGAAGUGGAACUGGUAUCUGGAAUAUCUCUAUGCACAAGGUUUAAAGGGUCUGAAGGUCUUUAUUGAAAGCAGCAUCAAUCGUGUUUCCCAGGCCUCUCACAGUAAAGCAGGGAAUGUGCAAGCGUGACCCUGGGACUCACUGGAGCCUUUUUAUCAUCUGGAAGCAUAUAUAUAAGCAGAAUAUAAUGGACUGUGUCACUAAUUCUUCCUUCCUCAGAGGAAAGAAACAGCAGUUACCCGUGUCUGCAUUUUUGUACUGACAUCUAGUUUAGGAAAGUGAAGACACGGAAGGAAUGCUUAGGCUGGCUUGGUUCACUAACACUGAACCCCCUCUUGUCGCUGCUGAACUUCUCUGGUCUGAAGCUGCUGAGCUCAUAUGUUAUGUAUCAUCCUCAUUUUUCUCUGUUGGAGUAUCUGCUUUGAUUAAGAAACAAACAUUUUCCAUCUCAAAACUGCAAUGAGCAGUGCUGCUUCAUUUAUAAGUAAUGUUGAUCCCUGACCUGCUUUGCCUUCCUCGACAGUAGAUAAUGAGAAACAAUUUAAUCAGCCUUUCAGGGAUACUGCGUAUGUACUGGAUUGGAGCACUACAAGUUCCCCAAUUCCCUGUUGUACCAUGUAUAUACUGGCUUUUAACAGACUGACCAAACUGACCUUCCUGAACUUCAUUAUGAAGCUUCCAAAAGAGACUUUUUGCUAUCAUUGCUUAUAAUGUUCUUCUAAUGCAGCUGGAAAAUUUGGUGCUCGAUUGAUGUUUUAUUGAUGAUUUGAGCACUUGAACAAUGUUGCCACCAGCUCACCAUUUUCUAUUGAUAAGUGCAAAUGUAGCUUUCCUUUUUGUGUUUUUAGCUCUGUAAGUGUUGUAUAUUAUAUGUGUACAUAUAUAUAAUUUAUAUUCUGUAAAAUGUUUCCAACAUGCCAUUUUGAAGGAACUCGGCUACAAAAUGUAUCUUCUCCUGUCAUUUCAUUUUAACACUGAGUAGAAGUUGGGAGAAGCUGAACUCAGGUCUCCAAAAUUUGAGUCAACUUUAUUUCACUACUGUAAAAUGAGGUUGUAACCACUUGAAAGACGGGUCAGAGUAUACUGAAUUUUGCAUUGUGAAUCUGUACGUUGAUCUAGUAAAGGAAUCAGUCCUGAGAGUGACUCCAGAGCCA